ACGUAGAGCUGUUUACACUGAGCAGCCAAUCAGCGGCGGACUGAGUAGAGGCCAUGUUGUGUCGCUUCCUGGAAGUUUAGAGAAGGAGCCACAGAGAGACUCGACGACCGGAGAAGAAGUCACGAUCAGACUGUGAGCCUCAGGAUGAACAUGAGCAGAUUGGUGCUGCAGAGAGGAUUCAGACCUCUGCUGCCCGGCGCCUCCUCCACGUUUUAUUUUGAUGUCCAUGAACUGUACUGAUCAUUGACUGCAAAUAAACAUGGACGACAUGACAGUUCCCACAAAGUGUGUCGAUCACCACCUGGUGGCUGGCUGCAGUAAAGGUCAUAAACUCGACCAUCUCCAUGUUAGUGGAUGGGCCACGGACGAAUCAAAAAAGUCAUGUUGUCUCAGGUGCAGAGCUGCCUGCUCUCCACACAGCCGGUGCCUGCAGCCCGGCUGCCCUGCAGAGUGAAGGUGUCUGCUGGGAAACGCUACGCCUGGUGUGCCUGUGGACACAGUAAGAAACAGCCUUUCUGUGAUGGAGCUCACAGGACGGCUGCACCCAGCAUCUCUCCUCUGCGUUUCACCCCUGACAAAGACAGGACGCUCAUGCUUUGCGCCUGUAAGCAGACUAAAAACGCACCGUACUGUGAUGGCUCACACUUCAAGCUCAUCUUCCAGGAUCUGGUGAAGUGGGUGAAAGGUGUGGUUAAAUGAGCGGCAGUCCACGUGUGUUUCCCUGUGAAGAAAUCAAAUGUUUGACUCAACAGGAUCAUGUAAUUCACUGAGUUAUCAGGGUAAAACUCAUUAUUGUUGAUAUUAUGUAUGCCAUUAUUUUGUUGGGGAGAUGUGACAGUAAGAUAUUAAACUGAUAUUGGAGCAGCUUUGGCUCAUGGAUUAGCGCAGCCGUCCUCUAACAAGAAGUUUGGCGGAUCGAUCCCAGUGUCCUUGGGCAAGAUGUAAAAUUGUACUGUAAACGCUUUGAGUGGUCAUCCGAGCUAGACAAGCAUGAAGAACAUUUACCAUAUCUUCCACUGAUUUAUCAUCUUCUGAAAUUGCAUUUUUAUUACGUAUUUUGUUUAUUAUUAUACAAAUGUACAAUAUAUGUGUAUAAAGCUGUUGGUGUGUCCGUGAUAACGCUGUUGAUGCUGAAGCAGUGACCGUCACCUUGAAUAGGAACACUUAUGUCAUCAGUCCCACAUUAUCCUUUCAUAAAGACCUGACACACUGUAUCCCUAUUUCCAAAAUAUAUUAAAGGAAUAUUUAUCAAAAAUG